GCAGAGGGUUCGCUGCGUUCGGACUUCUAUGGAAUGGUGCUGUGCUGUGGGGAGCACGCUCUGCUGACGUUGUUUGAAGCACUGUGUUGUUAUAAACUGCAAACGAAUGCUGCUGUGGACCACUUACCAUGGCUGCUUGUUUUCGCUCCUGUUUUCGCGCUCAGUCUGCUCUCCGUGGUUGUCGCUAUCUGGGCAAUCAGGAACGAUAAGUGCUUUGAGUUGGAACUUUUCUUCUCCAUGAACAUUGUACAGUUCGUUUUUGUGGCAUUUAAAUUGGACGGUGUGUUGGACUGGCAUUGGACGAUCGUAUUCAUCCCAUUGUGGGUUGUGCUCUCACUGAGCGUCGUUGGAGUGCUCUAUGCGUUUGUGCUGGCAGUGGUGCUUGCGCGGUCGGUUCACAUGUUAGCUUCUCAGCGAAGGCAGCAUCUCUACGCAGCAGUUUGCCAUACCUUGCUCGUUAUACCGAUUAUCGUCUUUCUUCUGCUUCUCACUGGAAAGCUUGACGCGGUUACGUGGUCGGAUAGUGAGCCGAUUACGCAAAUCCCGUACAGCGUGGUGUGCGCUCCGUUGAAUUUGGCCUUGCUUUGUUUGGUGUUGAUGUCGUUCGGUUCGCGCGGUGGCAAUCCAUGGUGGUUUGCAAUGCGAGCACCUUUUUGUACAUUUUUAUUUGAAGCUUGCCCAUGCUUAAAACAGUAUGCCAACGUAAGCUAUAAAUUCCGCUCAUCUUCACAGCGGCAGGACAUUAUGGAAAGUGUCGAGCGACAAAGUCUGCAUUCCGACCAUUCGAUCAAGUUCCCGUUACGCCCCGUUGUACCAAUACGUUCGAUUGAAAGUCCUGACUAG